AUGUGUCUUGUCAAUCCCCUCAACUUUAUGGCGCGAAUGUUUGCCCAGCUUUCUCUGACAAAGGUCGCUGAGCCUUCCGGCUACCGAAGCGAAGAAGCGAGCAUGGCGCCCCUCGGCUCAACGAAGAUCGAGCCUGUUUGGGGCGGAGAAGGGUUGCGCCCAGCUUACUCUGGUGCAAGAGGUCACGAUGCCACUUCUCAGCUCCCGACAAGGCGAGCUCGCACCUUAGUUGCGUCCGUGGCGUCCAAGUUUCUCGCUUGGCUCAGCCGUGGCUGUGACGCUCUGCAGCCAAAAAAACAGCCACCCGCAACCCGUGGUUUUCUGUUCCUCUCGCUCGCGAGGCUGGAUUUCCCGGACCACCCACCCAAACUUGCAGGGCUGUGCCAAUCAGCGGUCGGCAUCUUCACACCCACUUCCCAGGACUUGGCUUCCAAAUCGGACAAAUGCCCAGCCCAUCUCGAGGUCUGCCGUGGUCUGGGCUCUGUCGCAUGA